UGCCUCCCUCACUCACUCACUCACUGUAUCUCGCCUGCUGACUGAGGUAUUUCUACAAGCACAGACUGGGACAGCCUUGACUCUUCUGCGCGAGGUUUGUGAGUAAAGUCUCCAGCUAUUCCUCUCCCUGGAUCCUUUUCCCAUGGACUCUGAUGCUCUCUGUGUGGGUGAGAAGUUGCGGAUGUGGAUGUCAGAGUAAUAUCAUGGACCAGAGGGGAGCAGGAGACAGUGAAGGAAACUGGGUCACUGGCAGGCUCUCCUGACUGAUGCCUGUUUGGACCUGGAGGGAUGGGGUGCACCACCAGCGCGGUUGUGUUUGAUGGGCUGCGUACUGUCCUGGAGAGGAACUGUAGUGGCUACAUCUGCAAGGAAGCAGCAGAGCCCACUGGACCGUCUGAGGCUGAGCGAGCACUGAGUCGGAGAGAGUCGCGUGUAUUGCCAACACCACGAAUACUUAAGGUAAAACCAAAGGUGAUCGAGCCGCUCGAUUAUGAAAAUGUGCUGGUGCAGAGGAAGACGCAGAUCCUUAGCGAUGUCCUCAGAGACAUGCUGCAGUUCCCCCUUGAGGACUUUGAGAUUUCAACUUUGAGGAGGCAAGGGAGAACCCUGUACCCCACAGUGCCUGAAAAUGCAGAGAGGGAGGCCCAGAGUCUGUUCGUCCAAGAGUGCAUUAAGACCUACAAGUCAGACUGGCAUGUGGUCAACUACAAGUAUGAGGACUAUUCAGGGGACUUCCGACAGCUUCCAAAUAAAGUGUCCAGGCCUGAUAAAUUGGCUGUCCAUGUAUUUGAAGUGGAUGAAGAUGUCGACAAAGAUGAGGACACAGCCUCCUUAGGCUCCCAGAAAGGUGGAAUCACUAAACAGGGCUGGCUGUAUAAAGGAAACAUGAACAGUGCUAUCAGUGUCACCAUGAGGUCAUUCAAGAGGAGAUAUUUCCACCUGACUCAACUUGGAGAUGGUUCUUAUAACUUAAACUUCUACAAGGAUGAGAAGAUCUCCAAAGAGCCCAAAGGAACUAUUUUCUUGGACUCCUGUAUGGGUGUGAUUCAGAACAACAAGGUUCGAAGGUUUGCUUUCGAGCUUAAGAUGCAGGAUAAGAGCACCUACCUGCUGGCUGCAGACAGCGAGGCGGAGAUGGAGGAAUGGAUCAACACGCUCAAUAAGAUCUUGCACAGUAGCUUUGAAAUCGCCAUGCAGGAGAAGAGAAAUGGAGACAUUCACGAUGAUGAUGAUCUUGGAAAGUCAGACAGCUCCUCUGGCAGUAUGGACAGCUUUCAGAGCACAAGAGAUAUAGAGUCUAGGAUGAAGAAUGAAACCAGGCUGAAGCUGUUCACGCUGGAUCCGGACACACAGAAACUCGAUUUCUCAGGAAUAGAGCCAGACGUGAAGCAGUUUGAGGAGAAGUUUGGCAAGCGUGUGCUGGUGAACUGCAACGACCUCUCGUUUAAUUUGCAAAGCUGCGUGGCUGAGAACGAGGAAGGGCCAACAACAAACGUGGAGCCAUUCUACAUCACCCUGUCGCUGUUUGACAUCCAGAAUGGCAGAAAAAUCUCCUCUGAUUUCCACGUUGACCUAAACCACCCCUCUGUCAGGGGCAUGAUGCCCAAUAACAGCAGUCAGUAUAUGAACGGGGGAGGCGAUGGCCGACCCGACAGCCAGCGGUUGAUCCACGGGAUGCCAGAAGCAGCCAUGCAGUAUCCCAGACAGGGAGUGUUUUCGGUAACAUGCCCACACCCAGAUAUCUUCCUGGUGGCCCGCAUAGAGAAGGUGCUUCAGGGGGGUAUCAACCACUGUGCCGAGCCAUACAUGAAGAGUUCAGACUCCACCAAGGUGGCACAGAAGGUCCUGAAAAACGCCAAGCUGGCAUGCAACCGGUUAGGCCAGUACAGGAUGCCUUUUGCCUGGGGAGCAAGACCUUUGUUCAAAGAUGCUUCAGGGACUCUUGACAAAACUGCUCGCUUCUCCGCUCUAUACAGACAAGACAGCAACAAACUGUCCAACGACGAUAUGCUCAAGCUGCUGGCUGAUUUCAGGAAGCCAGAGAAGAUGGCCAAGCUGCCUGUAAUCCUAGGAAACCUCGAUGUUACCAUUGACAACGUAGCCCCAGACUUGUCAAAUUGUGUUACCUCAUCCUACAUCCCUGUGAAGCAGUUUGAUGUCAGCGAGAAGAGCAACAUCUUCUUUGAAGUGGAGGAGUUUGUGCCGUGCAUUGCCAAAUGUUCUCAGCCUUUCACCAUCUACAACAAUCACCUCUAUGUCUACCCGAAGCACUUGAAAUACGACAGCCAAAAGUCAUUUGCGAAGGCUAGAAACAUAGCUGUCUGCAUCGAGUUCAGGGACUCGGAUGAGGAAGAGGCUGUUGCACUUAAGUGCAUCUACGGCCGGCCUGGAGGACCCUUGUUUACCAAAAAUGCCUUUGCCUCCGUGUUACAUCACCAGCAAAAUCCUGAAUUCUACGAUGAAUUUAAGAUUGAGUUGCCAACCCAGCUCCACGAGAAGCAUCAUCUUCUCUUCACCUUCUAUCACGUCAGCUGCGAUAGCAACAGCAAGGCCAGCACCAAAAAGAGAGAGCAGGUUGAGAUGCAAGUUGGUUACGCCUGGCUCCCGUUGCUGAAGGACGGUCGGGUGAUCAUGAAUGAGAGUCAGAUCCCGGUUGCCGCCAACCUACCUGCCGGAUACCUCAGCUGUCAGGAGGGUGCCAGCAAGCAUUUGGGCCCUGAAGUGAAAUGGGUGGAUGGAGGAAAACCGUUAUUCAAAGUUUCCACCCACCUUGUGUCCACUGUCUACACUCAGGAUCAGCAUUUGCACAAUUUUUUCCAUUACUGUCAAACCAUUGCAUCAGGCGCCCAGGCGUCAGGAGGAGAGCUGGUCAAAUACCUGAAGAGUCUGCAUGCCAUGGAGAGUCACGUGAUGAUCAAGUUCCUGCCCACCAUCCUCAAUCAGCUGUUCAGGGUGCUAACCAGUGCCACCCAGGAAGACGUGGCAGUCAACGUCACCAGAGUCAUGAUUCACGUUGUGGCGCAGUGCCACGAGGAAGGUUUGGAGCACUACCUUAGAUCUUACGUGAAGUAUGUCUUCAAGACUGAGCCAUACACAUCCUCCACCACCCGAACGGUGCACGAGGAGUUGGCUAAAGCCAUGACUGCAAUCCUGAAGCCUUCCACUGACUUCCUCACAAGUAACAAGCUGCUCAAGUACUCCUGGUAUUUCUUCGAAGCCUUAGUCAAAUCCAUGGCUCAGUACUUGAUUGAGAGCUGUAAAGUAAAGCUGUCCAGGAACCAGCGCUUCUCUGCAUCGUUCCAUCACACUGUGGAGACCUUGGUCAACAUGAUCAUGCCACACAUCACGCAGAAAUACAAGGACAACCUAGAUGCUGCCCGGAAUGCCAACCACAGCUUGGCAGUCUUCAUCAAGCGUUGUUUCAACCUGAUGGACAGAGGCUUUGUGUUCAAGCAGAUCAACAACUAUAUCAACUGUUUUGUGCCUGGAGACCCAAAGACUCUGUUUGAGUUCAAGUUUGAGUUCCUGCGAGUCGUGUGCAACCACGAGCACUUCGUCCCUUUAAACCUGCCCAUGCCGUUUGGAAAGGGACGGAUUUUGAGAUUUCAAGCCUCAUUACCUCCAUGUAAUACUGUGGAGUCAUGUGACACUCCAGUAGACCUCCAGCUGGAUUACUCGCUGACGGAUGACUUCUGUAAGAAUCACUUCCUGGUUGGACUGCUGCUCAGGGAAGCCAGCGCAGCUCUGCAGGAGUUCAGGGAGAUUCGUCAGAUUGCCAUCCAAGUGCUGAAGAGCCUCAUGAUGAAGCAUGCAUUUGACGAUCGCUACACCUCAAAAAGCCAGCAGGCCAGGUUAGUCACCCUCUACUUGCCCUUGUUUGGUCUGCUCCAAGAAAACGUCAACAGGCUAAAUGUGAAGGAAGUGUCGCCGUUCACCGUCAACCACUGCACCAGUAAUGGAAGAGACGAUUCUCUCCAUACCAACACUUUGAUGACACCUCCGAGGUCGAGCACCUUUCUGGACACCGGCUUCCACAAAGAUGUUUUUGGAGCCAUCUCUGGCACCGCUUCACCUCAUGCGGCGUCCACCCCCAACAUUAACUCUGUGCGCCACGCCGACUCUCGUGGAUCGCUCAUCAGCACUGAUUCUGGGAACAGCCUGCCUGAGAGGAACAAUGACAAGGGCAGUUCCCUUGACAAGAACCAACCUGCCUCGACCCUGGGAAGCCCGCUGUUGCGAUGUGAUAAACUGGACCAGGCAGAGAUCAAGAGCCUCCUCAUGUGUUUCUUACAUGUGCUCAAAAGCAUGUCUGAAGAUGCUCUGUUCACAUACUGGAACAAGGCAUCAUCUUCUGACCUGAUGGACUUCUUCACUUUAGUCGAAGUGUGCCUCCAUCAGUUCAGAUACAUGGGAAAGAGAUACAUUGCAAGGAACCAGGAUGGGGCAGGACCUGUUGCACAUGAGCGGAAGUCUCAGACUCUUCCUGUGUCCCGUAACAGGGCGGGAAUGAUGCAUGCCCGCUUACAGCAGCUCAGCAGCCUGGAUAACUCAUACACAUUUAACCACACCUACAGUCACUCGGAUGCUGACGUGUUAAAUCAGUCACUGCUGGAGACCAACAUUGCCACUGAAGUCUGCCUGACCGUCCUGGACACACUCAGCAUCUUCAUCAUGAGUUUUAAGACACAGUUGUGUGCUGAUCACGGCCACAGUCCACUGAUGAAGAAGGUGUUUGAUGUCCACCUCUGCUUCCUGCGGAUCAAUCAGUCAGAAACGGCCCUCAAGCAGGUCUUCACUUCACUGCGCACCUUCAUUUACAAGUUCCCGUGCACGUUUUUUGAAGGGCGUGCAGACAUGUGUGCUGCUUUCUGCUAUGAGAUUUUGAAAUGUUGCAACUCCAAGCUGAGCUCCAUUCGCAGCGACGCAGCCCAUCUGCUCUAUUUUCUCAUGAAGAGCAACUUUGACUACACUGGUCGCAAGUCCUUCGUCCGGACACAUUUACAGGUUGUGAUUGCUGUCAGUCAGCUGAUAGCAGAUGUCAUUGGUAUAGGAAGUACUCGCUUCCAGCAGUCUCUGUCAAUAAUCAACAACUGUGCUAACAGUGAUAAAACUAUCAAGAACACAGCUUUCCCAUCGGAUGUGAAAGACCUGACUAAACGCAUCAGAACAGUGUUGAUGGCCACAGCGCAGAUGAAGGAGCAUGAGAGAGAUCCAGAGAUGCUGGUGGACCUGCAGUACAGUCUCGCAAAGUCUUAUGCCAGCACACCUGAGCUGCGCAAGACCUGGCUUGACAGCAUGGCCCGAAUCCAUGUGAAGAAUGGAGACCUGUCUGAGGCAGCCAUGUGCUAUGUUCACGUUGCAGCACUCGUGGCAGAAUACCUGCGAAGAAAAGGCAUGUUCAAGCAGGGCUGCUCGGCGUUUCGUGUUGUGACUCCAAACAUCGACGAAGAAGCCGCAAUGAUGGAGGACGUCGGAAUGCAAGACGUCCACUUUAAUGAAGACGUCUUAAUGGAGCUUCUGGAGGAGUGCGCAGAUGGGCUGUGGAAAGCGGAGCGUUACGAGCUCAUCUCUGACAUCUACAAGCUCAUUAUCCCCAUUUAUGAGAAGCGGAGGGACUUUGAGAAACUGGCUCACCUGUAUGACACGCUGCAUCGAGCGUACAGCAAGGUGACGGAGGUCAUGCAUACUGGGAAGAGGAUGCUGGGCACGUACUUCAGAGUGGCUUUCUUUGGCCAGGCAGCGCAGUACCAGUUUACUGACUCAGAGGCUGAGGGCUUCUUUGAAGAUGAAGAUGGGAAGGAGUAUAUCUACAAAGAACCCAAAUUCACGCCUCUUUCAGAGAUUUCUCAGCGGCUCCUCAAGUUAUACUCUGAUAAGUUUGGUCAGGAGAAUGUGAAGAUGAUUCAGGACUCUGGGCGGAUCAACCCCAAGGACCUGGACUCAAAGUACGCAUACAUCCAAGUGACACAUGUGACUCCAUACCUGGAGGAGAAGGAGCUGGUCGACAGGAAAACGGACUUUGAAAAGAGCCACAACAUCCGUCGAUUUGUUUUCGAGAUGCCUUUCACCAUUUCGGGCAAAAAGCAAGGCGGUGUGGAGGAGCAGUGUAAACGCAGGACUAUACUUACCACCACUCAUUGCUUUCCGUAUGUAAAGAAACGGAUCGCGGUGAUGUAUCAACACCAUACUGAUCUGAGCCCCAUCGAGGUUGCCAUCGACGAGAUGAGCAAGAAGGUGGCUGAGAUCAAACAGCUGUGCUCCUCCAGCGAGGUGGACAUGAUCCGUCUGCAGCUCAAACUGCAGGGCAGCAUCAGCGUCCAGGUAAAUGCAGGACCUCUUGCGUAUGCCAGAGCUUUUCUCGAUGAUACAUGUGCCAAGAAAUAUCCUGAUAACAAGGUCAAACAGUUGAAAGAGGUCUUCAGGCAUUUUGUGGAUGCGUGUGGCCACGGUUUGGGCAUUAAUGAACGACUGAUCAAAGAAGACCAGCAGGAGUACCACGAUGAGAUGAAGGCCAACUACAGAGAACUAGCCAGAGAGCUGUCCAUCAUCAUGCACGAACAAAUCAUUCCAGUGGAGGAUGGCAUGAAAAGCGUUCUCCCAGACUCGCUUCACAUCUUUAAUGCCAUCAGUGGCACACCAACCAGUGCCACCAUCCAGGGCAUUCCCAGCUCAUCCUCUGUGGUUUGAUGUCAGCCUGGGUGAAACUCAGAGCUGCCUAAGCCUGCCAACGCAGGCAUGCCAGUGAUGCCAUAUUAUCACUCCAGAACUUAAUCCUGCUUCUCAGCCUAGAGAGAAACUGAUGGGAAAAACAGACAAGUCUCAUUUUUCUAUUUUCUGUCUGGCCACCGAAGACCAAUAUGAGCAAGGCACUGGACCUGUUUAACAUGGAUAAGGGAGCAUGGUGGCUGUGUGAUGGAGGUGGGGGGAAGACAAAGAUGAGACUCUUUGCAGCAGAGAUGACAGGACACGGACUUUGUUCCUCCUUUAUGAUGGCGUGAUGCUUGAUAAGACAUAACCUGUCUUGUCUUUACGUGUUUCUACCUGAAAAGACUGAGCAGUGUUUUCUUUAAAAACAUUCCUGUUGGGAUUUUUUUUAAUAUGCAUGUCACUACAUUACGCCUACACUCUCCCAACAGUCCAUUUUUGUUUAUUUUGAUAAUGUUUCACAAUGUUUUUUAUGGACAAUAUUUCACUUUUAUAAGCGACUGUAUUGAUGUCUUGAUUAAUGGUAUAUGCUGCAUACAUCAGUGCUCCUCUCCCUGUACAUGAAGGUAUAUUUCUAGAAAAAUGCAAUUUUGGAAUAAGGGCCUGCUACGAUGUAACAUUAGCAUUCAACCUUAAAUCACUUUGAUGUCUUAGAAUGGGAGAGUUUUAAAGUAUUUAAAGCCAUUGCAUACAAAAAGGUAUAUUCAAAGUUGUGUAUUAAUGUGUAUAUAAAACAAGGAGUGUGUGCAAUAUUUGCAAAGUAUCAUGCUGUGUGCGGCUCAUACACUGUAAAGAUUACGUUCACCUUCUUGCCAAAGUGAUGAGGUGUUGGGAAAGGACGCCUACUGUGCAAGUAAUAUGAAAAUUUUAUCAUUUUAUGUUCCAGAAAUUGUCUUUUAUUUGGGCAGAAAUGUUUGGUUUUUUUUUAACUUUAUUUAACACAAGUCACUGUUCUGCUGUAAACAAAGACGUUCCCUAAUGCUUUUAAAUAAAAUACACUCAUUUCUCUGCAUUUGCAUCCAUAGGUCCUUAUUUGUUUUACUUCAUUUUGUGGUAUUCUCGCACUUGGCUCACUUGUGAAAUAAGUGGGAAAUAAACCUUAUUAUUCUCAGAGAUCA